CGAAAGAAUCCACUUUGACAGGCGUGAAGUAAAAGCAUCGAAAGGCGACCAAUCUUAAACAGAUAUAAACCCAGUUUUCUCGUGUAUAAAUUCAACAAUCAGAUCAACUCCAUAGCAUUCUUAUUUAUCCGAAAAAUAUCUUAAUCCGACUCCAUCUCCUAUCUAUCUCUCAUACACUUAACAUAAAUCCACAAUCAAAUUCCCCACUAUAACACACACCCAAAUUAUAAAGAGAGAAAUUUUUCGUUCUGUGGUGUUUAUUAUUGUUUGUGGGUUUUGUAAAUAAAUGGGGUCAGAAUCAGAUGAGAGGGAGGUGAUAUUGGGUGUAGAUGGGGGCACCACCUCCACUGUGUGUGUUUGUAUGCCACUUCUUCUCUUUUCCGAAUUCCCUGAUCCUCUUCCAGUUCUGGGCCGCUCCGUUGCUGGUUGUUCCAAUUUUAAUAGCGUUGGAGAAGAUGUAGCUAGAGAAACACUGGAAAAGGUUAUGGCAGAAGCAUUGCUUGAUGCUGGUGUGAAACGAUCAGCUGUUAAAGCAGUGUGUUUGGGUCUAUCCGGUGUGAACCAUCCAACGGAUCAGGAGAAAAUAUUAGGCUGGUUGAGAGAGAUCUUGGUUACUGAGGGAGAGUGCGAUGCUCAAUGACAUCUGCACAAAUGAGAAUUAUAUAAGGAGUAUUCAAAUUUCUUAAUAGUUCAUAGUGUGUUUUCUCUCCUAUAACCUUCAUGAUUUUAGCACUCAAGGGUGUGACGUAAUAGCCAAUGAAGUGGGUUGAGAACCACGAGGUCUCAUGUUCAAAUCACAGCACUAGUUGAUUUCUUCCUGUUUGUCCAAGCCUUGGUGGACAGAGUUACCCAUCACUUGUGUUGGUGGGAGGUAGCAGGUAACCCGUGGAAUUGGUCGAGGUGCGCGCAAGCUGGCCCGAGCAUGGUUAUAAACAAAAAAGACCUCAUUUUAUCAAGGCAAUCUAGAAGCUAUUUAUACUGAUCUACCCUGCACAUACUUGGGAAAAUACACCAAUUUUGGAAAGUAUGUGUCUUCCUUUCUAGCCAAGUGCUCUGUUCCUAUUGCUAAUGUCAGUUUUAAAGUAUUGACCUUUGCUUAGCAUAAUUAAAACCUGAAAAUCCUAUCAGGAAAAUUUAGUCGGUUUUAUUGGAAUGCGUUAUUUUCACUACUCUAGACCUGUCAAGAACUGCCACAAGCUUUUCAAAGGUGCUCAAGCUUUUGAGGAGUCUUAAGUUAUACAAGAUAAGAACCUGAAAAUAAGCCCACUAGUAAAUAAACGUUUAUUUAUCCUAAAGUUCCGGUACAUAUGAAUACAACAAACCCAGUACUUUCCCACAAGUGGAGUCUGGGGAGGGUAAGAUGUACGCAGCCUUACCCCUACCCCGGAAGGGCAGAGGCUGUUUCCGGUACUUAUGAAUGAGAAAUAUAUUCCUCUGCUCCAAAUGCUCUAUAUAAACCUGAAUAAUCCUAAAGUUCUAGACUUUUGGUACAUAAGAAUGUGAAAUUAGUUGCUAUAUUUUUCUGCCCCCAAUUGAUUCCUGAGUAAUGAAAGUCUCAAGGUUCAGAUUUGCAAUUUAAUGAAAUUUAAGUAAUAGUACAACAACUAUGGGUUGAUCCCAAGUUUGUCGGGGUCAGCUGUAUGAAUUAUUACUUUCUUUUUUUGGCUCCACUUGGACCAGUUUCGUAUUCAAGUCCUAUGUAUUUUUAUAUUGUGAGAAUUCACAUCGACUGGUGCCACGCUGGCCGAACUGCAACUCUUCUGUCUCAUCCGAGUUUGGGACAAGCGGACAAGCAUAGUAAACAAGCUCACACGGCCACAAUUAGUUUCUUGAAGUCCAGUUAAUCGAGGAAAGAAAUUAAUUUGUUGACAUCUUUGUGUAGAAUCUCAUGAGUGCAGCUAUCAGUUCCAUUUUCAGACUACACAGGGCAGUAGGUGAAUAACUUUAACUUUAUCUUCAAACCUGAUCUUAAUGCAAAUAAGAGGACAGCAAAACCAUUAACUUAUUUAAACUAACAAGACCUAGUUUACAGUAAAACCACUUCAGUAAUGUUAACUGCUUUGUUUUCUCAGUAACUGAGAAAUCUGCUGUUUCCAGCUUAGAAACUUGGUGGAGUAAUGGGUCCGCGUCUUUACCCUUUUCCACUAAAAAAUUUGACUUGUCCCACCAGCCAGGGUUCAAACUCGUGAGGUGCUCUUGGCUUACAUCCCGUGCUGUACUACCUUUGCCAAUGAAUCAAAGCCCUGGGGGCUAUAGUACCAAGCAGUUUAACAUAGUUGUGUCUUAUAGGCUAACUGUUUCAAAACUAUGGGACAUUGGGACCUUGAGCUAGUUGUUCCAAGAUUAUGGGACAUUUGGACCUUGACAUGGGAAAUACUUUAUACGCGUGAUAAUGAUGUAUCUAGAAUAUUUAUUCAAAAUGUCUAUGUUAGAAUAGCUAUGUGAAUAUUUUUUUUUUGAUAAGGUAAAUUGUAUUAAUCAAAAGGGAGAGAACUCCCGUAUACACGAAGUAUACCAAAGACGUAGAUAAUUUACAUCAGAACAUGAUUCUCUACAAAAAACGCCCAAUCUUCUAUACAAGUAGGGGCUAAAUGAGUGCACCAA